UCCUUUCCCCCUCCUUCUUCAUCCUCAAUGGCCGCAUCUCGCCCCACCGUUAACGUGCGAGGAGCACACGGCGCUCAGGGCUCUGUGCCCCUCCCCGCCGUCUUCUCGGCACCCGUCCGAACGGACUUGGUCCAGGAGAUCUACAAGAACAUGGCCAAGAACAAGCGUCAGCCUUACGCUGUCGCCACCAACGCUGGUCACCAGACGUCCGCUGAGUCGUGGGGUACCGGUCGUGCCGUCGCCCGUAUCCCCCGUGUUGGCGGUGGUGGUACUCACCGCUCCGGCCAGGCUGCUUUCGGUAACAUGGUCCGCGGCGGUCACAUGUUCGCUCCCACGAAGCUCUGGCGCCGAUGGCACGUCAAGACGAACCAGAAGCAGAAGCGCUACGCCGUCGCAUCCGCCCUCGCUGCGACUGCGAUCCCUUCGCUGCUCCUGGCUCGUGGACACCGCGUCGAGAACGUCGAGGAGGUCCCCUGCGUCGUUGAGGACGCCGUCCAGAACCUGACCAAGACCAAGGACGCCGUCGCUCUCCUCCAGUCGAUCAAGGCCUACGACGACGUCGUCAAGGUCUCCAACUCGCGCAAGCUCCGCGCUGGUCAGGGCAAGCUCCGCAACCGUCGCCACGUCCAGCGUCGUGGUCCCCUCGUCGUCUACGCCGAGGACAACGGCAUCGUCAAGGCCUUCCGCAACCUGCCCGGUGUUGAGGUCGCCUCCGUCGACCGUCUCAACCUCCUCCAGCUCGCCCCUGGAGGACACCUUGGCCGCUUCGUCGUCUUCACUGCUUCUGCUUUCAAGAAGCUCGACACCAUCUUCGGCACCGUCGACCAGCCCUCGAUUGUCAAGAAGGGCUUCAAGGUGCCCACGAGCAAGAUCACCAACACCGACGUCACCCGCAUCAUCAACUCGGACGAGAUCCAGUCCGUCGUCCGUGCUGCUGGCCCUUCGCAGACCAAGCGCCCUUACACUCAGAAGAAGAACCCUCUUCGCAACCGUGCCGCCCUCUUCCGUCUCAACCCCUACGCUGCUUCGAUGAUCCGCACUGCUGCUCGCGAGCAGGAGCGCAACCUGAAGCGCAAGGCUGACGGCAAGAAGAAGCCCACCCCCAAGGCCAAGAAGGUCUCGGCAGGCGAGGCCUUCCGUGCCUCUCUCCACGCCUAGGCGUGUCGUGGUGGCAGCAGCGAGGGCUUGGAGUGAUACGAUGAAGGGCGGCUCGAUAGAGGGUUAGCUCGAGUCGUCGCGAAAGGAGGU